CCAAAGCCGGAGAAGAAGCCCGCCGAUAAGAAGCCCGUGACGGAGAAGCCAAAGGAAGAGCCCAAGUCGGAGAAGAAGGCAGAGAAGGCCCCGGCCUGCAAGAAGCUGGCCCAGGAGGCCUCCCACCUAGCCCGCUACAACAAGAAGCCCAUCAUCACCUCCCGCGAGAUCCAGACCUCCGUCCACCUCGUCCUCCCCGGUGAGCUCGCCAAGCACGCCGUCUCCGAGGGCACCAAGACCAUCACUAAGUUCACUAGCUCUUAGACCGCACUAGGCUAAGGCUUCGCUGAUGAUCGAUUCGGGGAUCUAGGGUCUCGUUUUUAGUAAUAAUUUUUCUUGUUUUGUCGUUGUUUAGUUGUUAUCUCUAGUGUUAUUAGUUCCUUUUAUGCCAUGAAUGAAAAAGCACACUUUUUUUAAUAUUCAUCUCGUGUUAUGGA